AUGUUGUCGAUUUUAUGAUAGUCUUUUGUCGACUACGAGCGAGUCACUCCUUUGAUGAUCAACGAACGUUCUUUAUAAUUAUAAUGGGGGAAAAUAAUUGGGCUGGGUAAUGGAGGAAGCGUGGAAUUCAUGACAUGACUAAAACCUGCCUGUACUAUAGUACACAACGUACAAAUAAUGUUAAAUCGGUUCAAAGACACUGCUGCUGAUGAGAAAUGUAAUGUAAACAAAUCAACCUACUAUAUAAGCAGCCUCACUCGCGAGGAAGUUGAGGCUGAGCUGGCAGAUAUUCUCCACACCAUCCUGGCGGAAAUCAACGAGCCGGACGCUACCUUGCUUUACAACAUCACGCUACCUAAGCUGAAUGUUCUCGGCCGUAUAAACAAAAUACUUAUCCACUAUUUGGCCGUUGAAGCCGGUGACAAUGUAAUACUAGGGGUGGAAAAUCGAGGUAAAGGAAGACCUUUUUACAUAUACAUCGAUUUAAAAGAGGAAAAAGAGCUUCAUGAGAUAUAAUUGAGUCACCAUGC